UCGAGUUCAUGCGUGCCACCAACUCACCACCGGCCGUCCAUUGCCCAGUUUCAAGGCGUCAAGCAAUGCACAAGAACAAGUGACGCCGAGAAACUGUACUGUCGCUUGCUUCACGGCGCAAGCCAAGCAAAAACGGCUCGCCUGAAUCCGGUAGUAGCUGACACCGCAAAAGCACGGCUUUCAGUUGGGGUUUCAGUUCAGUGUUGCAAGCAAGGAGUUCAGUUAACCAAAAGGAGUAACUGGCACAGGGUUUUCAGCUGGAAAAUCGGCCAUUUGAUCACUGCAGUUUUCAGGCCAUUUCGUGUCCGCUGCACCUACUGCCUGUAUAAUUGUAUAAAUAGGGAGCGCCAGAGACAGCUCUGCAGCAGAGGUGCCAGUCUCUCUCUCUCUCCCUCUCGCAGUUCGAGCUCUCAUCAGCUGCAGUGGUUCAGGGCGGCGACGGGAGGAGGGGAUGGACGGGGAGCAGGCGGCUCGGUGGGCGGCGGCGCAGGAGAGCGUGCCCGUCGGCGCGGACCUCGUCGCGGCCGCGCUGCGGCAGCUGGAGUUCCUCGCGGCGGUGGACCGCCGCCGGUGGCUCUACGAGGGCCCGCUGCUCAACCGGGCCAUACGCAGGUACAAAGCUUGUUGGCUUCCCCUUCUUGCUAAGCACACUCAGGCUCCUGUUGUGGAUGGAUCAUUAGUUGUCCCUCUUGAUUGUGAGUGGAUUUGGCACUGCCAUCGCCUUAACCCGGUUCAGUACAUAAGGGACUGCAAGAAAGUGUAUGGCAGAAUACUGAACAAUGACAAUGUUGAGUCGUCCACUAGAACAAAAUCAAAGAUUCAGUCAGAGAAAGUUUGGAAUGAGUUGUAUCCUGAGGAGCCCUUCGAGUUAGAGUACACAAGUUCUUCUGAAACUACCAUGGGUGUGGACCCUGGAGCUACAGAGGGCAUUUCCUAUGAUCUGGUUUCAGCUGUUAAGAGACAAUCUUCUUUCUAUUAUCAGGUUGGAACACCAACCAUGCAUGAUCAGCGUUUUCUUGUUGAAGCAUUAGCUCGAUACAAGGCAUUUCUAUAUCUGAUCAAGAUGAAUCUGGAGAAAGGAGUGCAGCGCUUCCGUGUACCAACCUACGAUGUGGAUCUCAUGUGGCACACGCACCAGCUGCAUCCUAUUACUUACUGCAAAGAUAUGUUGAAGCUUCUUGGAAAAGUUCUGGAGCAUGAUGACACCGACGCUGAUAGAUCUGAAGGGAAGAAGCUUGAUGUUGGAUUUACAGAGACUACUGAACAGUUUGAGAGUUCCUUUGGUGUAAGAUACUGGAAGGCCGGAUGUAUGUACCGUGGCAACAUGCCGUCUCCUGUGACAUCCGCUCCUCAGAUAUUCAAUACUGAGGUUGGAUCUGAUAUCUGCAAAAUUCAGCAGAGUCUUAAUGUUCUUAAAUUAACAUUUGUAGAGUUAUAUUUGCAAGUUGUGGACAUCAAGAAUUUGCCAUCUGCUGUUCCCAAAGAAAAUGUGUAUGUAAGGUUCACCAAGAAUCAAUCAGAUAUGUUUAUUAGUGAUGGCGGCAGGUUGGAUAUUUCCACUGUUACAGGAAAGAAUACUGGAGCUGGUUUACAGUGUGAACCUACUGGAGAACUCAUUCUGACAGUAAUGGUUGAUCAGGCAUCCAAGAAACCAGAACCAAUAGGGAAGGUUUCUAUCCCACUGCACGAUCUGACAGGGCCUAAUUCUAAGCUCUCCUUUGAAAGGUGGUUUGAACUGAAAGCUCAUGCUGGGCAUGCCACUUCCGCUCCUGUCAGUCUUCGUGUUGCAGCCUCUGCUACUGUUCCAAGUAGCGCGCAGAAGGUGUUUAGCAUGGUCAGGACAGAGCCUUUCUCUCUCAAGUCCUGUCUUUUGCCACACUCCAGUAAAGAUCAGAAGAUGGGCAGCUGGACUCGUUUCUUGUAUGAUUGUGGUACCGAGGUUAUCCGUCUUCAGAUAAGGGAGCACAAGGUAAAGAAUACCACAGCUUGCAGUCGGGAAUUGGUUGGAGUAUUGAAGUCGACAAAACAGCAACUUCAGCUAGCAGAAUUCAAGGAAAAUAAAUGGACACUGAAAAAUUCGAACUUGUCAAUCAGUGAUAGCACCGAUGGCAGUAUGCUCGAGGUCAAAGGUGACAACCAACUGAUAAAGCUCUACGGGGGAAGGAAACUCGAAUACGAACGCAAAUGCUGCAAUUGUCACUCUGAGGAUGCCUCAGCUGUCACCGCUGUGAAGUUCAGUGCUGAGCACCCAUAUGGCAAAGCUGUUGCAUUGCUGGACACUGAAUCUCAGUUGAUCAUGGUUAAUGAGGAUGAUUUCCUACUUCCGUGGAUCACAAUAUCAUUCCUGUUCGUGGAUGCUGACAGCAAAGAUGGUGCAAAGCUCAUCAGUGGUGCUGUGGUUCAGAAGGCUGCAGUGUCCGGAUCUGACACGGCCAUGGUUUCAGAGACAGAGACCCUUGGAGCACGGAGAGCGACUGUGGCUCCUGUGCAAUGUGGCACAUGCAGCACGGCAAUUGGUGAUGACAAGGUCAUGGCAGGCUGCAAGGCUGACCAUGCAAGAUCUGGUGGUUGCAGGCCGGCUGUUGCAAUUGGCAAGAAUGGUGACGCUGAGUCUGCUGGCUGUGGGGUCCGCUGCGGCGGCAACUGUGGACCCAUAGUUGUUGACGAUUCCAAGGGCGACAAUGCUAAGUCUGGAGGCUGUGGAUCCGGAUGUGGUGGUGGCUGUGGUGGUAGGGGAGGCUGUGGCACCUUCAAAGCGAGCACCAUGACUGAGGGUCAGGCCAAGUCAGGAGGCUGCGGCUCUGGCUGUGGUGGGGGAGGUGGCUGUGGCACCCUGUUGAACUCCAACGCCAAGGGUGACCAUGGCCAGGCCAAGUCGGCUGGCUGUGGUUCAGGCUGUGGAAGCGGCUGCGGUAAUGGCAUUGUCACUGAAGGCUUGAAGACGAGCCACGCCAAGUCUGGUGGAUGUGGUUCUGGCUGUGGUGGCGGUUGUGGAGGAGGCGGUGGCUGCGGCGCUCUACUCAACUCCAGCGCUAAUGCUGGUCAGGAUCUGACUCUGACCAAGUCGGCUGGUUGUGGUUCUGGGUGUGGUGGCGGCUGCGGUAGUGGCACGGUCAUCGAGGGCUCCAAGACAAGCCACGCCAUGUCUGGCGGAUGCGGUUCCGGGUGUGGUGGCAGCUGCGGCGCCCUGUUCAACUCCAGUACUGCUGCCGGCCAGGGCCUGGCCAAGUCGGCUGGUUGUGGCUCCGGCUGCGGUGGUGGUUGCGGUAGCGGCAUGAUCAUCGAAGGCUCCAAGACUACCCAAGCCAAGUCUGGCGGCUGUGGUUCUGGUUGUGGCGGUGGAUGUGGGGGAGGCGCCCUGUUCAAUUCUAGCUGUGCUGCCGGUCAGGGCCCGGCCAAGUCGGCUGGCUGUGGUUCCGGGUGCGGUGGUGGUGCUUGUGCUGCCAUGGUCAUCGAAGGCUCCAAGACCAGCCAUGCCAAGUCCAGCGGAUGCGGUUCUGGCUGCGGCAGCGGUUGCGGAGGUGGCGGCUGCGGCGCGUUAUUCAACUCCAGCACUGCGGCCGGCCAGGCCAUAUCCGGCGGCUGUGGCUCUGGCUGUGGCAGCGGUGGCUGCGGCGCCAUGGUCACUGAAGGCUCCAAGAGCAGCCAGGCCAAGUCCGGAGGCUGUGGCUCCGGCUGUGGUGGUGGAUGUGGCGGCAUCAUGUUCAACGCGAGCACCAAGGCCGGCGGCGAGGGCCUCUCCAUGUCAGGCGGCUGCGGUUCAGGAUGUGGUGGAGGCUGUGGCGGCGGCGGUUGCGGUGCCUUGUUCAAUGCAUGAUCCAAAGCUGCUGGCCGGAGAUUGAGCCUGCCGGGCGGCGGUGCUCGGUGGUUGGGUGGCUAGCCGCCGGCGAUGGCUUUGGUAGCUCUUCCGUCGGCUCAUAUCCGGAGUGUGAACUCCCAAAGGAUGGAUAACGAUAGGCAGCAUCAUGGCAUGCAUGUCGGUGUGCGUUGAGAAUUGAGGUGUGUCUUGAGCUUGUAAGAUAAAUAAUCAUGUCGUGUGGAUAAUAAAAACAAUGGAUCGGCUGCCACUCGGUUGCCGCGGUGUUUGUGCGAACGGAACAAGUCGGCUUGUUUAGUUCCACAUCACAUCAAACUUGCGGUACAUACAUGGAGUACUAAAUCUAGAUGAAAUUA